CACAUAUUGGUCCCUAACGAGAGCAAGGCAACUUAUCCACAAAAACAUAGGGUCCAAAUCCAUGGAUGCUGCUUCCAACUAGGAACUCCAAAAUCAACACAGAACCUGAAGGAAAUCAGCCAAAAAGCUCAGACGCCAGGCAGAAGAACCAUGGCUGCAACUUCUUCAUACUUUGCCUUGACAAAAUUCUCCAUGCCGGGGUUUGCAGGAAGCCAAAGGGGGCAGCAGCUGAGAAAGAGAAACAGCCUCUCCAUCUCUGCUCAGCAGCAGCCAGCAGCCGAAGUGAAAGAAGCAGAAGGAGAGCAAGAGCAAGAGCAAGAAAGAAUGGAGCCAGGAGAGAAAAUGAAGCAGCCAAGGCCAGUCGAGCCCCAGCUAAAUGUGAAAAGCAAGAACAUGGGGAAAGAGUAUGGAGGGCAGUGGCUGAGCAGCGCCACCCGCCACGUCAGGAUCUACGCCGCCUACAUCGAUCCUGUGACCUGUGAAUUCGACCAGACUCAGAUGGAUAAGCUCACCCUGAUCCUCGAUCCCACAAAUGAGUUCGAAUGGACUCCUGAGACCUGCAACAAGGUCUAUUCUUACUUCCAAGAGCUUGUGGAUCACUAUGAGGGUGCCCCAUUGACAGAAUACACACUGAGAUUGAUUGGUUCAGACAUAGAGCACUACAUAAGGAAGCUGCUAUAUGAUGGAGAAAUCAAAUACAACAUGAAUGCACGAGUACUUAACUUCAGCAUGGGAAAGCCAAGAAUUGGGUUCAACUACGAUGACAAACUUCAAGAUGUAAAUCCGUAAGUUUUGAUCCAAAAAUAAAAGGGCAAAAGAACAUUUAGAAACUUUCCGAAAAGCAAAAAGUCACAUUGUCAGAUCCGUGUAACGUAAUACAUAUAACACAUAUAUGAGUAGUAUGUCCUCAAAAGA